ACGGAAGUAAGAUGGAUGCCGACGUGGUACACUUGUUGGAGAGAGAUGAUGUCUUCAAGAAGUUUCUGGAAGAGUCCUUUGAUGUCAAGGCCCAUGCUAACAGAGCCAUACAAGGCCUUGCUAUCUCAGAACAGCUGGGGAAGCUAGCUGAGGGAAUCUCAUUGUUAGACAAGGAAAUACAUUCACAGAUUGUGGAACACCAUGAAGACCUGCUGUCACAGGCCACGAGUGUGGAAACCCUGGAAGGUGUUCUACAGAUGAUGCAGACUCGCACACAAUCUCUCCUUGCAGCCAUGGACAGAAUCCGGACAAAGGUUUCGGAGCCAUACAGCAAGAUACUUGCCCGGACCACACAGCUCAGGCAUUUACAGGAGACGUGUGACCUGCUGCGGAGAAUCAUCCGAAUCAUGUACCUCAGCAGGCGCCUCCACACACAGCUGCAGGGUGGAUCAAGGGAGAUAACCAAGGCUGCACAGAGUCUCAAUGAACUGGACUAUGUGUGCGAAGGUGUAGACCUGAGUGGUAUUGAGGUGAUUGAAACGGACCGGAGGUUCAUCAAGCAGGCGAGGAAGGAGGUGGAGACACAGGCCCAGAAGAUGCUGGAGCAGGGCAUGGAGACGCAGAACCAAACCCAGGUGGCCACAGCCCUCCAGGUGUUCCACAACCUCACCAGUCUCCACACAGUGGUGGAGAAGGUCAUCAAUGGCUGUAAGGAGACAUUACACGGCAGUGUGAGGAGUUCUAUCAACGUACAGACCUUAUCACAUGCACAGGGUACCAGCAGAGGUCCUGGGAAAGCUGCUAUGCCAGCGCCGGGCAACACUGCCGCCAUGAGAGCCUCACUGUGGACCAACAUGGAACAGCUGAUGGACAGCAUCUACGCCUCGUGCGCCCAGAUUCAACAUCUCCAGAAGGUGCUGGUGAAGAAGCGUGACCCAGUCACCCAUGUGUGCUUCAUCGAGGAGCUGGCCAAGCAUCGUCACGGAGAUGUGAACAUUAUGCAGGAGUUUUGGGAGAGUGUUACCAACAUGUUAACUUCAGAGUUCAACGGUGCCGCAGAAACCUCCAUGUUCCUGAAGCAAGCCUUUGAGGGUGAAUAUCCCAAACUGUUACGUCUGUACAAUGAUCUGUGGAAGCGACUCCACCAAUUCAGCAUCAAUAUGAUGGUGACCCCGACCGCUGCCCCGGACGUCCCCUCUAUUGAUGACACCAAGGAAGUAGACUUCUUUGUGCAAACUGCAAGGAACAAGGAAAAUGCUUACGACUCUGAGAAGGCACUGAGAGAAACUCUGUCCAACUUUGAGAAUGCAUACCUGUCCAAAUCUCUGUCUCGGUUGUUCGACCCAAUCAACUUGGUGUUCUCCAGUGGAACAGCCAACCCACCAACACACGAAGAGGUGGACAACAUCGUUAAGACAAUAACAAGUGAGCUGAAUGUGGCCAGUGUGGACGGGAAACUCAGCGUCACCGUGGCCAAGAACGUUGCCAAGACUGUGCAGCUGUUCUGUGUGAAGAGUGAACAGCUGCUAUCGACGGACGGCGAGGCUAGCCAGGUGAUUGGAGCCCCGACAGCCGGACAGUCCCGGAACUCCUGCGUGGUAAACACUCUGUACCAGCUGCACCAGGCUGUCGUCAAGGUGAUGAGUGGAAUGGAUGCCUACCCAAAGGAAGCCAUUAGCAGCAUCGAGGCAGCAUUACAGGGCGUCGUGGCUCUCAUGGGUGCCGCCAUCAACCCGCUGCUGUCUUCCAUCUCAGAUGCUCUGGAGGCUAUCAUCCUCACCAUACACCAGGAAGACUUCUCAGGCCCCGCCCCUAGUGACAACCAGACUGAGGCUCAGUGUUCCCUGUACAUGCGGGAGCUGCAGGGCUUUGUGUUGCGAUGUCAGUCGGACUACCUCUCUCAGUUCCGUUGUCGAGACUUCAUCAUGGACAGCAUCCACCCUGUUGCCUGUCGGUGUGCAGACCUGUUCAUCCGUCACGCCAGUCUCACGCGACCUCUUGGCGAGGGAGGCAAACUGCGACUUGCGGCUGACUUUGCACAAAUGGAGCUAGCGAUUUCCCCAUUUUGCAGGAGAGUGUCGGACCUUGGCAAGGCAUAUAAACUACUCCGGUCUUUCAGACCACUGUUGUUCCAAACCAAGGAGCAUAUAGCACAGAGCCCAGCUCUCGGGGAAAUAAUCCCGUACAGCACAGCCAUUCACUUCCUGUUUGCAAGGGCACCGCAGGAACUGAAAUCUCCACAUCAGGCGUCCGACUGGUCAUUGAGCCGGUACUCCCAGUGGUUGGACGACCAUCCUGAUGAGGCAGACAGACUUAAGUUCAUCAAGGGAGCAUUGGAAGCCUACACCAAGCUUGUCCGACAGAGACAGAGUAAGGAGUACGCCCCCAUCUACCCCGUAAUGGUGGACUUGUUACAGCGAGGUCUGCAGCAUGUGACCGGGUCGUGACACCGUCCUGCACACCAUCAGAUAGGGGCGUUGUGGGGAUCAUAGUGUGGGGUAAUAGUCAGGAUGUAGGUCUAUGACAGGUGAUAACUUAAUCAGGGGCCAUUGUCCUUUCUACAGGUGUGUGAGAAGGUAUGGAGAUGCUGUAAUUGUGCUCUCCCUGUGGCACAGGACCAUCCUGGCAUAUGGAGGGUGUUAACAUGGAAAUUGUUAUGAUAUACUCAAUGUCAAUUUUCAAAUUUUGAAUUACCAGGUUGUUCCUUUUCAUUGGUGUAAUUGUUGCAAGUGUGGGGAGCAACCCUCAUUAUUGUCAUGUACAUUAUGAGGCUGGCUGAGAUAUGUCCAGAACAUUGACAUCACAGUUCCAUUACAGGAUUUACCAACGUCUUUGUCAACAUUGUGGUAUUUUUAAACUGUAGAAUCAGUGGAGACAGAAUUAAUGUAUCAAAAUUGUGUUUUCUUUUAAUGCCACAUCUUGGUACAAUUGCUUGUACUUGCUUCAUGAAGCUACAGGCUCCUGUAUGUAAAUGUCCCACAGGAAGCAUAUAGAAGUUGAAAUAUACUGCCAACACCAUUCGUUUCUGUCAAUGUAACGUUGACACAGUUGUUUCAUGAAUCAUUUGUUGAGGCUGUCUGUAUGUAAAUAUGUACAAAUGACUUGGGCCACCAUGUAGUGGCGACUAUUUAUCACUGUACAGUAGCAUCUGGCUGUCCACACAGUGUACAUCACCAGAGCAGAGGGAAAUAAAAUAAUAUUGACCAAAA